AUGUCUCUGCUUCGCACCCCCCGCGGCGCCGGAGUCAAAACACGCCGACAGUUGAAGGACGAAGACGAGGCACUGAAGGUUGGCACUGAAGUGAAAGUGGGGAGUGAAAGGCUGAAAAGUGAGGGUAGCCGGUCCACGCGCACAUCCUCUGCAGCACGACGGCUCACAAUUGAAGCUGCACGAAAGAGGGCUGAAGUCGAAUUGGAAGCCAUUGAAGCCGCAGAAGCCGCCGCGGAAGCCGCCGCGAAAGCCGCCGCGGAAGCCGCCUCUAAAAGAGCGGCAAUUCGUAAGUCGCUCAUUGAUAUGGAGCUGAACGCCGACCUUGCCGAGCUCGGCUCGGAGAGAUCUGUGAUAUCAUCGUCUGAGAAAGUUGAGGCCUGGCUUGACACAUCACACGUUGAAGCGACACGUCGGGAGGAGAAUGCCACCUGCACCGCGCCCCAGCAGCGUACUGAUAUCCAAGAGCUGGCGGCGGCACUCACAGGUGCAAUCUCCAACGCUGCUGUAACGAGCCGUAAUGACCAACUGUUGUCAAGAUUGGCCACCUCUAAAGACCUACCCAUCUACUACGGUGACCCCCUCGACUGGCUACAGUUCCGCAACGCUUAUUACGAGUCCACUGCGGUAUGUAAAUACACCUACACUGAGAACAUAUAUGUAGAUGCCUAG